AUGGUCCUCUGGCGCCUCAUUGUGAGCUUUGUAAUCCACCGCCUCAGCGUUGUCGUACGCUUUGUUGUCUUUGCCCCAAAGGAGCAUUUGGCCAACAAGAUUAAUUGUAUGAGGACCACAGCGAAGGCGACAUUCAACUGCGUCAAAGCCAACUCGACGAGCAAGCGACUUUAG